AAAUCUGCCUCGUUUAUUCAUGGUCCAAUCGAUCAAGACCCUGUUUUUUUGUGUAUUUUAGAGGCUAUAUCUCCAAGGCGAGGAGGCUAACUCCUAGAACAGUGUAACUGUGUGAAUUUUAAGCAUGGACUGUGACCUAAGGAACUAGGUGGACGUGCCUCCGAAAUUCGUGAAGUAGUUAAACUUGAAUGAGGCUAUUAAAAGCAGGUCGGUCAAGGCACAUUUGCUUACUUAACUAUGAAUAUUCAUGAUUCCAUAACUGAAUCAACACAUGCAUUGUACGGUCUACAAACUCGUUUUAUUUUAUUUUUAAAAUAAACAGCCGAAUAGAAAGAUUAUUCUUGUAACAUUUUACUCAUAGAGAACAUUGUCUGUAUUUUUCUUUUAAAUUCAUACAAUCAAAACUCAAAAGAAAAAACGUCAUACAAUCAAAACUCAAAAGAAAAAACGUCAUACAAUCAGUUACAGAAUAUUUAUUGUGGGUUUGAACUCCCACACAACCGGUUAAAGUUGAACCGCAAUCCUAUAGUGUAUCCGGUUAGGCGAUCUAAUUGUAAAGGACCUAUCACCUAACGUUACCAAAUUGUUGAAGAGAUAUUGCGAGGUUGGGAGAUUUUGUGGAAUCAUCAAAUGACGUAGCUACCCUUGACAGUCUGAAAUUAAAAUAUAAAAUUAAAAAGGAGAUUCCGAGUGGGGCCCAUUGCCGUUGUGUCUGAAAAAGCGAGAUUGCAUGAUCCAACUGAUCUCUCUACUAAAUAAUACUCACUUUGUUUCUUAUAGAUCUACUUUUUAGAAAACACAUUUGUUUCAAAAAAAAUCAUUUUUUACAUUUUUAAUACAUUAAUUAAUAAAAAAUUAUACUUUAAAAAAUACAAUUGUGUUUAAUAAAAUUUCAUUGGUUAAAAGUUAUUGAGAAUAGUUAAUAAAAAAAAAUAAUGUAUUGAAAAAUAAAAUUUUAAAUAUUUUUUUAGUAAAUGUGAAAAAAUUAUAACAUGGAUUUUUUAAGAACGUAGGGAGUAUCAACUAAUUUAUCUGUUUAUUGCAUUUUAUCAUAUUAACAGCAGCAAAUGUUAAUUCUUUUUCUUAAAUGUACAAUUACCAACUUUUACUCACAGUCCAUUAUUUGUUUGACACUGGGGAACAUCAAUAACCAAAUGUUUUUGAAUUCAUCUCUACCUAUUUACAGCUGCCUAUUUAGUCUCCAUAUCUAAUUUAAAAUUUUAAAACACAUUUUAAAAAGUAUUUUUCUUAUUUGUAUAUUGGGUGUGUGAUUGUACUGAAAACGAUAAAAACAAUUUUAAAACAUUUUUCCAAUCUUAACAUGUUUUUGGUUUAUGUUGGAAACUUACAGGGUUGGACAUUUAUUUGUGACAGAAAAUAAAGGAUGGAACUUUAAUUUGUUGCUCAUUUGACAAAUUUUACUCUUUAUUAAUAGGAAAACUCAAAAAAAAUGUAGCAGAAAAAUAUUUCCUCUGUCUUCAAGUAUAUAGUCGAGAGCUGUCUAAACAAAUACCAACACGUCCAAAAAACAAGAAAGACCCAAUAGACACAAACUCAUCCUAACCCCAUAAAACAGAAAUAAAAGCUUCCUCCUUCUUCUUGAAAUCUGAAUUCCAAAGUGCUGAAAUGAUCUUUGAAGGUGUAACUGUGUGAAUUUUAAGCUUAUGAUACAGUUUGUGGUAUUUCAAGGUUCUUAAGAGAGAAGAAGAAGUUGAAGAUCAUCAUCGUCUAACUCUGCAAAAAUUGGUUGAGAAUGUACGAGGAAAGUUUAUGUUUUGACCCCACUCCUCUGGUGGACGCAAUCCUUGACAGCAACGACAGCUACUGUGAACCCAACACGGCGACAGAAACAGGGUUUCCGGUAAGCCAUCAGUUCCAACUACCGAUCUUGGUCGCCGGGAACACAACAAACAACUUCAACGACGACGUUAAGCUCCCAACAAUGGAGGAGUUCUCUGUUUUCCUAAGUUCAGAAACUCAGAACCUAAUCAGCAACGACAACAACAACAACCAUAUGAUCCACCAAAUGAUUCACGGGUCGAAUUGGGACAACUCUGGACUCUUUAUGAACACUUCAGUUCCAAACACAACAACAACUCCAACUCCUGAUCUUCUCAGCCUCUUGCAUUUGCCUAGAUGCUCAGUUCCAUUACCAAGCUCGAACGUUUCUGAUAUACUGUCCGGUUCUUGCUUCACAUAUGACCCGCUCUUCCACUUAAACCUUCCUCCUCAGCCUCCAUUGAUCCCUUCUGCUAAUUAUGACCACUCAGGGUUCUUCCUAGAUACCAACACUACUCAAAGAGAUCAGCCAAGUGCUGGUGAUGAGAACAACAAUGCUCAAUUCGAUGGUGGAAUCAUCGAGUUUAGCAAGAAAAUUAGACGUAAAGGAAGAGGGAAGCAGAAGAUCAAACCUUUUACAACAGAGCGUGAGAGAAGAUGUCACUUGAACGAGCGGUUCGAGGCCUUGAAAUUGCUCAUUCCUAGCCCGACCAAGGCAGAUAGAGCAUCCAUUCUUCAAGAUGGAAUUGAUUACAUCAAGGAGUUGCAAAGAAGAGUAAGCGAGCUUAAGUAUUUGGUUGAGAGGAAAAAAUGUGGUGGUAGACACAACAACAACAACAACUCGGAUGAUUGUAUUAAUGAAGAUACUAAUGAUGAUGAAAACAUAGUGAAGAAGCUAGAGAGUGAUGUAUUAGACCAGUGUCCAAGCAACAACUCGCUAAGGUGUUCAUGGCUGCAGAGGAAGUCUAAAGUAACAGAAGUUGAUGUUAGGGUUGUUGAUGAUGAAGUAACAAUUAAAGUGUUUCAGAAAAAGAAGAUCAACUGUUUGUUGGUUGUCUCCAAAGUGCUUGAUCAGCUUCAUCUCGAUCUUCAUCAUGUCGCUGGAGGACAGAUUGGUGAGCAUUAUAGUUUCUUGCUCAACACCAAGAUAAAUGAAGGUUCAACAAUAUAUGCAAGUGCAAUAGCGAACAAAGUGAUUGAAGUUGUGGAUCAACACCACCUGGCUGCUCUUCCCAUCAAUAAUUCUUGUUACUAGGCUAACUUUAUCUACUUUCUGACGUUUGUAAUCCAUGUUUACUCAUUUUGCAAAGACUCAAUAUAAUCUUUUUUAAGCCAAACGUAGGUUAUAUAGUUUGAUAUAUCAACUUAAACGGAAACACAUGUAAAUUAUAUAUUCUCCUAAACAAUCAUUAUUACUGGAAAGAGGAAUGUUUCAGAGAAAAGAAUUACUGAUGAUGAUCAAAACAUAUGAUCAUGCAUGCUCCAUAUAUAGUUUAUAGGUAUAGACACUCAUCAUAUGUUACUAGGGAGAUAGAGCAUCCAUUCUCCAAGAUGAGACCUAGUAAUGAUGAUGAAGACAUGGAGAAGAAGCUUGGAUAAGGAAUUCAAAAGUAGCCAAAAUUUAAGUAUUUAUGUCCAACCCUAAUCAAACGUGUAAAUGUUUUUUUUUUUUAAUAUUUUCUGUUAAAAUAAGCAAUAAAACUAACUGUAAAUGUCAUUUUCUUUCUAAAUCAUUCUGAUAAUUACUGCAAAAGAGGGAAUAGUCAGAUUUUUUAAUUCAGAUUAAAUAUUUACUGAUGAUAUACAAUUAUAAAUAUAUCAUGUCUGCUCCAUAGUCUAUAAGUAACAAAUAUUAAGCAUUGGAGAAAUGUUCAAAUACUAGUUUUUCUGAUUCUCGUCUGUGAUAUCGUGACGGCCUGGACCUGUUAAGUCGGGGUUUGGUAGAACUAAUUUUGGUUCAAAUUAGAUUUAAUAUUUUCAGAGAAGUGGUUCCAAACUACGCAUAAUUAUAAAAACCGGAAAAAAACUCGUGUGUUUUGAUUCAGUUUUGGUUAUGUUUUUCUUUAUCCGUCAGAUUUUAUAACUUGUACUCGUGUGUAUCGGUUUGGGUUCUGAUCAUAUCC